CCUCCCUUUAUCCUCCUAGUUUUCCUUCUCAUCUUAAAUCAGACUCACACUGAAGGUUGUUGUUGAUCUGCAGAAAGAAAGCUUGAAUUUUACUACAAUCGCACUGGAUUUCAUCAUAUUGGAGUCAGGGGGAGAAAAAAAAGUUGUAUUUUUUUUCUCAUUUUAACUGAAGCGAACUUGACGUAGGAGGGAAAAAAAUGAUCUUAUUUAACUUAAACUCUCUGUAAGUUUGGGCUUUUUUUGACGUCGAGAUCUUCAUGAAAUCGUUUGAGCUGCAACAAAAUCACGAGACGAGGAGCAGCAGGGACGAAGAGACGCGAGGAUGUUAUCUCGGUUGAGUGAGCUGAUAUGGGCCGACUGGAUUUGGUUCCCUGAAGGCUACGGCUGGGAUGACUUAAAAGAUGCCGACGGCAACGUCUACCCUAAAGUCCGGGACCUUUGGGCCACUGUACCCAUCGCUCUCUGCUUCUUAGUCUUAAGAAAAAUAUUUGAGCAAACAGUAGGGCUUCCUUUGGCCUCAAUGCUGAGAGUGAAAGACAAACAUCUCGCUCAGGCUCCUCCAAACCCCAUCCUGGAGUCCCAUUUCUGCAACAAAUCAAAGCAUCCCGCACAGAGCGCCACGGAGAAUUUAAGUAGACGGACGGGUUGUUCAGUGCGACAGGUCCAGAGGUGGUUCAGACAGAGGAGGAACCAGGACCGGCCCAGCAAGCUCAAAAAGUUCCAGGAAGCGAGCUGGAGGUUCAUAUUUUACUUUCUUGCUUUCUUUGCUGGCCUGGCAGUCCUUAUUGAUAAACCAUGGUUUCAUGACACGAAGAACAUGUGGAAAGACUUCCCGAAAAUGCCACUGUUGCCGUCACAGUACUGGUACUACAUGAUCGAGUUAGGCUUCUAUUUCUCACUUGUUUGUAGCGUGGCAUCAGAUGUCAAACGGAAGGAUUUCAAGGAGCAAAUCAUUCACCAUGUGGCCACCAUCCUCCUCAUCAGUUUCUCCUGGAUGGUCAACUACACCCGGACCGGGACUCUGAUCAUGUUGGUGCACGACGCCUCGGACUAUCUGAUGGAGUUAGCCAAAAUGUUCAACUAUGCAGGCUGGAAGAGAACCUGCAACUUCAUCUUCGCUUCGUUUGCUGCAGUUUUCAUCAUCAGUCGCCUAAUCGUUUUCCCUUUCUGGAUCAUACAUGCGACGUUCGUGUACCCGCUGACCGUCAUCCGCCCCUUCUUCGGCCUCUGCUUCUUCAACGGGCUGCUGUUCGUACUGCUGGCUCUGCACGUCUUCUGGGCCGUGCUCAUCCUGCGCAUCGCCGUCAAAUUCCUGCCAGGAAAUGGUAUUGUUGAAGACGAACGCAGCGAUAAGGAGGAGACGGAGUCGGAGGAGGAAGAUGAUGUUUGUGAGCGCAGAGAGAAGUGGAAAAACGGACAUGUGCAGAGAAGUCGCUUCCUCAACAACAACCACAUCCGUAAGAUGGACUGAUGGGACUGAGAGCCAAAGAACACGAAGCAGGCAGGACAAACUCACAUUUACUUUCAGCAUAGAUUUUUUAAAUUUUUGUGGAUUACACUACAUUAAACGUGAGCCACAUGAUGCGCUGUUCAGCUCCGCAGCAGAGUGGCUUUUCCUGUUUCCUCCUUCCUCUCACCGGUGGAGUGUUUUUGUUGUCAUGAAGCCGCUUCGCCACAAGUUAACCUGCCUGUUUUGUUAGUUUUACAACUGGAAUUGUUGCAGUUGGAUUAACACUCUAAACAUUAAAAGACAAACUUGACUUAUUAUUAAUUUUUUUGCUCUUAAUAACUGCACUGAUGUCAGAGACAUUGUGAGGAGUGUUGCAGCGACGGAUCCAUCACGGGAAAUCCAGAGUUUCGUUCUGUAGAAGAAUCGAUUCCAGUGUUUCCGCUGCGAAUUACGGCACUUUUGGUUCUUUUUCAAUGGAGCGUUUGCACUUCCGCUGAGGUUUAAAAAUGACAUAAUUGGUGAAAAUGAAUAUUUUAACUGCGUGAGAGAAAGUGCUACAUGUUAGCCACGUGUGCCGAAAUGUGCCUUUGUGGAAAUUUUGUCUUCGAAUUUUUCAUCUUCCGAAAAAAGCAGAGUCGCACGGGGUUGUUUUAAAAGUUUGUUUUUUGUUGAAUAUCUUUUUAGUUGUACGGUUUUAUUUAUGUUUUAGUCCAGUCCUCAGUUUAAAUUUGGGAUCAAUUGGAGUAAAUCAGUGGGUUAUUUUUUUUUUUUUUUUAUGGGCUAGAAGAGUUUGGACAUAUUUCGUUUUAUUGUUUAGAUGCACUUUAUGCUUCUUUAAAAAUAUCAGCGUGAAAGCCUGAAAAUCCCUUUAAUUUUAGUUCAUGUUUGAUUCAAAUAUUAUUUUAGUUUAAAAAAAGUUGGAAUUUCAAUUUAGAAA